AUGCACGCCUCCAUUUCUAUUUUCGUUGCCGCCCUGGCUGGCCUCGGUCUUGCUGCACCAACUGCGCAGCCGGAAAAGAGGUGGAAUUAUGGUGAUAUGAUGGCCCAAGCCGUUGCUGAUGACGUUGCUGUCUAUGGCAAAGCGAACAGCGAUGCAUGGAUGAAGACGCACGGCGGCGAUUGGUGGAACAAUCAUGGAAAGUACCAGAAAUGGAAUCCCAUGCCCGAGUAUACAAAAUGGAGCCCAACUACGAAUCCCAACCCGGACAGAUACUGGAACAAGUACUGGAACAACAACUAA